UAUACAGUACAAACAGAGAGACUGAGAAAGAGAGUGAAACUUGUUUCCUGGUCUAAACCACUAAUUUGUGGUCAAGGCGAGGCUGCUGUUCAGCUGUCAGUUCCUCCUUAAGAUGCCACAAUACAGAAACAAGCAAAGACACAGAAAGAUCACAAAAAGCUUCUGAAACUACUGAAAGAGAAUACAUCUAUCCAGAAUGGUCAGAAUGAGGUGCUUUUGUAUGGUCAUCUGGAUUCUUCUCUCUGAAGUGACUGUUGAGGCGUCAGAUAUCAGAGUGUCAGGACAUGUUGGAGGAUCAGUGGAGAUCCAGUGUUCUCACCUGUUUGCUGACAACAACACAAAGUAUUUCUGCAGAGAUCCAUGUAAUGAAGAUCAGCACAUUUUGAUUAAAUCUGGUCAGUCACCUACUGGAAGAUACAGACUGGAGGAUUCAGGGAAUGGAGUCUUCACUGUGGUCAUCACUGACCUCCAAAAAUCAGACACUGGAACUUACUGGUGUGGAGUGGACAGAUAUCUGAAGGACACACAUCACAAGGUGCUACUCACAGUUACAGAUGCUCCCUCCCCCCACACAUACCCACCCAAAGCUACUCCAACAGCUGCUGCUGUAAGAACAGUGAGAUCUAAGUUCUUCACCUCCUCUUCAUCCACUUUCCCUCCCUCCACCACCUCACCAUCCACCACCUCCUCCUCCACACCUAAACCAGCAUUUCCAGCUCAGCACAAUGUCUCAUCACCUACCAGAGUUGUCCUGUGUAGCCCAUCCACUCUGGCCAGGGAAAACUGGAUAUCGAGGCUUUUGUUCUGGAGAAUACCAAAGACACCAUCUGAAUAUGAGAAGAUGCCGUGGAAGGUUUUCAACCAAAAACAGAAAUGGAAGCUGUGAAGGAGGGUGAUGAAUCCAUCAGCGCAAUGGACAGUGUCAUCAUCAAACUCCAUGUGGUGGUCUAUGAUGUGUUCAAACACCUAGGAGAGUUACAUGACUUUUAUUGUACAGAAACAACAUCCUUCAAUAAACUUUGAGAAUAUUUACUUUUAA